AUGGAUCUCCCACAAUUUGUCGUCGACAUCGAUGCACUGGCAAAGCUGCAGCUUGAGGGCAUGCUGCCAAGCCAGCAGAAUCCCGAGGAUCCCACCAAGGAGGACGAUGAGAACGAGCACAAGAACGCUCAAGCCGCUAAUGCAAUUCUUAGCGCCUUCAGUGGAAGUGAGUUCAACCGUGUGGACGGCAUUGAGAGUGCCAAAGUGAUUUGGGACACGCUUAGGAAUUUGCAUGAAGGCACGGAUAGUGCUAGCGAGUCCAAGGUGGAGAUUCUCAAGGGGCAGUUUGAACGGUUUGUGAUGUUGGAUGGUGAGAGCCCAAGCGACAUGUAUGAUCGAUUGAGCAAGAUCGUUAAUGAGAUCAAGCGACUUGGCUCCAAGGACAUGACCGAUGAGGUUGUGGUCAAGAAGAUGGUUCAGGCAAUCACUCCAAGGAACUCUACCUUGGUGACCAUCAUUCGUGAGCGUCCGGACUACAAGACUCUUACACCUCAUGACUUGCACGGGUGUAUCCUUGCCCAUGACAUGCUCGAGCAAGAGUCCAAGGAGGUCAUCCAAUAUAUCAACCAAACCUCAACCACAAGCAUCAAGAAGGAAGACUUGGCAUUGAAGGCAAAGGAAGAAGAAGAAGAGAGUUGCAAGAGUAAGAGCAAGGCGGAGAUCGAUGAUGAAGAGAUGGCUCUCUUCGUCAAGAAGUUCGGCAAGUUCAUGAAGCAAAGUGGCUUCGCCAAGGGAAGUUCGUCCAAGUAUUCCUCCAACAAGUCAAGUGGAAGACACUCCGCAAGGGUGUGCUAUGUGUGCAAAAAGCCCGGGCACUUCAUUGCGGAUUGCCCCCACAUCAAGGAUUGCCCCCACCUCAAGGAAGACAAGAAGAAGCUUGAGAAGAAAGAGAAGCACAAGCAUAGCAAGCAUGAUCGCUAUGGCCAAGCUCACCUUGGGAUGAUCUUCGGCUUCGACUCCGAGUCAAGCUCAAGUGAUGAAGAAGGAGUUGCCACGUUCACCGUCAAGCCUUCAUCACCACCGAGACUCUUCAACUACUCAAGUGAUGAGGAUGCUCCCAUUUGCCUCAUGGCAAAGGAGACUAAGGUACCCUCUCCCCUCAAGUCAUUUAAUGUUGAUCUUGUUAGUGAUGAGGAGGAUGAUGUUGAGGAUGAGGUUAUGGAUGAGGAGUUGUUCAAGUCCAUAACCAAGGAGUCUCUGCCACACUUGAGUGAGUUGCUUGGGAGAAUUGAGGAUCAAUAUGCAACCCUUGAGAGGCAAGAGGCAUUACUCAUUCGUGAGAAAGAGCGGUCUCAUGAACUCAAGGGUGAGCUUGCUAAGGAGAGAGAAAAAAUGAGGCUUUGGUACGGCUUUACAAGCAAACCAAAGAGUCUCACGCUAAUCUUGAGGUGA